AGACCAUAAAUCCUUACUCAUUCUGGAGGAAGGUGUUGAUGCUGAAAUGGCUCUUUUACCAUUCAAGACAUUGUCAAUGAAGGUUCUCCAAUGUUCUUUACUUGCCGGAAUGAAAUUGAAGAAAAUUCAGCCAUUGCUAGAAUUGUUCCAACCAAAGCUAGUCUUGUUCCCUGAUAGCUUGAAGUCCCAGCUCAACUUCUCAAAGAACUACACACACUUGUACUAUUCUGAGAAUUCGACCCUCAGAGUACCAAGCUUGAAGGACGACUUCGAAGUUCGGUUGAUGAGAUGCUUGGAUUUUAAACUUCAGCCUAGAAUAUUACCACAGGAAAAUAUGGCCAUUGCUAGAUUAGAAGGCCAGCUUCUUUUAAGCAAUGGGAAUCAUUUGUUAGUCCCUGCCAAAAAGCCCACCCACUUCUCUAGCAAACAACAAUUGAACUGGGGCUCUGUAGAUCCUAAUCUCCUACUCAAAGCUUUAAAAGAUAAAGGCAUCGAUGGUCUUAUUUCUUAUGAUGAAACUGCACCUUGUCAUGGUGUUCACUCCAUUCACAUCAGUGCACCUGAUGAAGCUGUGAUUGAGAUAGACUCAAAGCAAACAGUCAUUUUUGCUGCUAAUGAAAACCUGACUGCUGUAAUCUGUGAAACUUUCAGCUCUGUAUGCAGUGGGAUUUAGAACCAAUUUUGUUGUUUGAUGCUCUUCUAGAUCUAUACUAAAUUCUUGUAAUUUAAUUAAACCUGACUGUUGUAAUUUCCGAUCCUCGUUUAAGUGAAUUUUGAUUGACAUAAAUUAAAAAAAAAAAAUCUAAUU